GCUCCCAUGGAGCGACUCAGCACUUCUGAGCCCCUCUGGGCCGGAUCCUCUUUCCCAUUCAGGUCCUCACAGAUGCGUCCAAAUAGGACUUGAGUGGCAUUUGCAGAAACUCAUGCGAACGGGACUUAAACGGACCAGGAGAGGACAUGGCACAUCAAUAUGCUGGAGCUAUUUGCUGUGUUUCUGUCACAUUUUAACGACAUGAGUCUGCUGGCAGGACACCAUGUUCUGGUGCACAGCAACAAUGUGUGAGUUAUUGUGCACAUAAACAAACAGGAUUGGGACACAUUCCCUUCGAAUGCACUCUUCUGCAGUCUGCUUUCAUGGAGCAGUACGCACCUGUCAUCCCGCCGAGUGGCACAAAUCCCAGGGAUGCUGAAAAGUGGAGCACAGAGGAGACUCCACCCUGGCCAGUAAGUGGAGACUCCACCCUGAUGCAGUGGAACAGAUUUGGAAACGACUUGGCAGGACCACCAUAGAUCUCAACGGACCAGCCUUUUGUCUGCCUUGCCAACCCUGUUAAAGGGAGGGCAAACGGGGUAUGGAAGCAAUUUCCUGAGCUUACGCAGCUUGCCAGUGAGUAACUCUAUGCGGAUCAAGAGUUGAAAAAGGAGCACCUGAGACUAGUGGUGAGCUAGUCGUACCACCCUUAGCUCUACCCAGUACCUCCCCCUCCUACCUCCCUCUUCCUCAGCCUAAUCCCAUCAUCCUCUGCCUCACCCUUUCCUCCCCCUUCUCGUAGGAAGCACAAGCCACCAUGUCUCUCUUCGCCUCUCCCACCCCCUCCCUCUUCCUGCUCCUCCUCUUCUUCCUCCCACUGCCUCCCUGCCAGCCGGAGUCCCAACGCAGCGACCCCAGCAGCGACCCCGGCCUGCUGGAGAUCUCGCCCUCGCCCAUGUUCCCCUCCGCCUUCCCGACUUCCGUGUCUUAUGGUAACAGCACCUUUUUAACCAGAAAAGAGAAGUGUGAGGAAGUGCCAGUGUGCAGGCCUGGCAUCCUUCUGCCCGUCUGGGAGCCCAAUCGACCCGGGCUUGGCGAUCAGGUGGCCAGAGCUACGGUCUACUUUGUGUCACUCAUGUACAUGUUCCUUGGAGUGUCCAUCAUCGCUGAUCGCUUCAUGGCAUCCAUAGAGGUCAUCACAUCACAGGAGAAGGAGGUGACUAUCACGAUGCCUAACGGGGAAACAUCAGUGGCAACAGUACGAAUCUGGAAUGAAACCGUGUCCAAUCUGACACUCAUGGCUCUGGGCUCCAGUGCUCCGGAGAUACUGCUGUCGGUUAUAGAGGUGUGCGGUCAUGAGUUCAAAGCUGGCGAGUUGGGACCAGGAACCAUCGUAGGCAGCGCCGCCUUCAACAUGUUUGUGAUCCUCGGGAUCUGCGUGUGGACAAUCCCCAAAGGCGAGAGCCGCAAGAUCAAACACCUCAGGGUGUUCUUCAUCACCGCCUUCUGGAGCAUCUUCGCCUACAUCUGGCUCUACCUCAUCCUGUCUGUCAUGUCACCAGGAGUUGUGGAGGUGUGGGAGGCCCUGGUGACCCUGCUGUACUUCCCAGUGUGUGUCAUCCUGGCCUGGAUUGCUGACCGCCGCCUGCUCUUCUACAAGUACAUGGGCAAGCGCUACCGUGCUGACAAGCGCCAUGGCAUCGUCGUGGAGACCGAGGGAGACCUAACACCCAACAAGGGUGGCAUGGAGAUGAUCAUAGACGGCAAGAUCCCACCACGAGGGGGUGCAGUAGUUGCCGCUGAGAACUGUGGGGGUGGAAUUCAGGACAGCACAGCAGGCGCUGCGACCAAUAACGUCGGCAACCUGCCCAACUCCAACAGCGCAAUGGUCAACAUGGAAAGCAACAAGGAGUUGGACGAGAGCCGUAAAGAGGUGAUUCGUAUCCUGAAGGAGCUGAAGCAGAAAUAUCCCGACAAAGAGCUCGACCAGCUGAUGGAACUGGCCAACUACUACGCACUGCUGCACCAACAGAAGAGCAGAGCCUUCUACCGCAUACAGGCGACUCGUAUGAUGAUCGGAGCUGGUAACGUCCUGAAGAAGCACGCAGCUGACAGCGCUCGCCGAUCAGCUGUAACCGAUGAGGAAGCACCAGAAGAAGAAGACCAGGGAAUAUGCAGCCGCAUCUCAUUUGAAAGCGCUCACACUCAGUGCAUGGAGAACUGCGGCGUUCUGAGACUGGCAGUGGUCUGCCAAGGGGGUCUGGGAGAGAACACCUUCUAUGUAGACUACAGGACAGAGGAUGGCUCAGCCAACGCUGGGUCAGAUUACGAGUACAGUGAAGGAACACUGGUAUUCAAACCUGGAGAGACUCGCAAAGAGAUCAAGAUCGGUAUAAUCGACGACGACAUAUUCGAAGAGGAUGAGCACUUCUUUGUACGCCUGCUGAAUCUGCGUAUUGGCGACGCAGAAGGGAUGUUCGAGAGUGAUGAAGUAGGUGCCGCUCCCAAAGGUCGCUUGGUUGAGCCCCUGGUUGCCACCGUGACCAUCCUGGAUGACGACCACGCUGGCAUCUUCACCUUCAGCGAGCGCAUGGUGCGGGUGAGCGAGAGCGUGGGCACCAUGGAGGUGACCGUGGUGCGCAACUCAGGUGCCCGCGGCACUGUCAUCCUGCCGUACCACACCGAGUCAGGAAGUGCCAUAGCUGGAGACGACUACGAAGAGGCCCGAGGAGAGCUGGAGUUCGCCAAUGACCAGACCACUCAGACUUUCCAGGUGAGGAUAAUUGAUGAUGAAGAAUAUGAAAAACAUGAAAACUUCUUCAUUGUGUUGGAGGAGCCACGUUGGCUUAAGAGAGGAAUUUCAGCUCUGCUGCUCAACCAAGAGGGGGUGGAGGGGCAGAUGAGUGCUGAGGAAGAGGAGGCCCGGAGGAUAUCUGAGAUGGGAAAGCCCAUCCUGGGAGAGCACAGUCGCCUGGAGGUGGUCAUCGAGGAGUCGUAUGAGUUCAAGAGCACCGUUGACAAGCUCAUUAAGAAGACCAACUUGGCGCUGGUUAUCGGCACACACUCCUGGAGGGAACAGUUUGUGGAGGCGGUCACUGUCAGCGCAGGUGACGGUGACGAUGAUGAGGAGGGUCGGGAGGAGCAUCUUCCAUCUUGUUACGACUACGUCAUGCAUUUCCUCACCGUCUUCUGGAAAGUUCUGUUUGCCUGUGUCCCGCCCACAGAGUACUGGAACGGCUGGGCCUGCUUCUUAGUCUCCAUCAGCGUCAUCGGCCUCCUCACGGCCGUCAUUGGAGAUUUGGCGUCACACUUCGGCUGCACUGUGGGGCUCCGGGACACUGUAACCGCUGUGGUGUUUGUGGCAUUAGGAACUUCCAUCCCAGACACCUUUGCUAGCAAAGUGGCUGCCAUACAGGACCAGCACGCUGAUGCGUCCGUUGGUAACGUCACCGGUAGCAAUGCUGUCAACGUGUUCUUGGGGAUCGGCGUGGCGUGGUCAGUGGCCGCCAUCUACUGGAGAAUCAAAGGGAAGGAGUUCAAGGUGGACCCCGGGUCGCUGGCCUUCUCUGUCACACUCUUCACCAUCUUUGCUUUCAUCUGCAUGGGUGUGCUUCUGUUUAGACGCCGGCCCUCCAUUGGCGGAGAGCUCGGUGGCCCGAGGAUGGGCCGCAUUCUAACCAGCCUGCUGUUCCUGGGUCUGUGGUUCCUCUACAUCCUGUUCUCCAGCCUGGAGGCCUACUGCCACAUCAACGGCUUUUAAAAAGGAGAUGGAGAAAGUUCUGGAAGAAUAUUGCACAGCAACACACACGUAUACUUUGACACUCAGUCCAUACAGUCCACAGUUCAACAUGAAGCAAGUCUAAGAUUCAUCUGUUUCCUAGGGCUCAUUGCAGGAAGUACCUGGAAGUAUCCUGACCUUUGAUGCAUGGAUACUAAAUACUUCAGAUACAUGUCCACACACACACACACACUAUAUUUACUCAUGUGUAAACAGAUCAUAACAAACACACGCACGCACAGUUACAGGCAUGAUGAAGGGCGAGGAGAGGAAGUGUUUGUGAGGGGUGAGAAGUGUGAAUACAGAAGGUUUCAGAGUAAAGCAGAGAGAGAUGGAGAGAGAAAGAAAGUGAUUGUGAUGUUGACAUUUUAGAGGUGAAAAGAGAGUCAGGUCAGAGUCAGUCCAUACGGUAACAUGACAAGCCAGGUGGGUUUAGGUUGGAUUGGAUGAGCUGUCCUGUAGUAUCAGACCACGGAUAGAGAAGAGGAUGAAACAGAAACCUGUACACACCAGACAAAAUGUAUUGUUGCAGGAACAACAUCUUUGUUCGUCCCUCCCACCUCUCCUGUGUAUCACAUUAACUUUACUUGUACAGCUUCGCGUUUCUUCACUGAGGAGAAGGAGCCCUGUGUGGAAAAAAGGAGUGGAAUGUUUACAAUAACAACAAAAUUUACAACAGUUUGUUUACUACAGGAGGUUCUUAAAAAGUGGUGAUGCUUGUCUAAUACACUGUAUAGAUAAAGGCAGUUCUCCACACACGCUGUAAAUAGUAAAAAACCAGUGUACAUAGAGUGUAUUGUUUUCAGUAGGCAGACAGUGAUGCCUACCAAUGACAAGUUAGAGAGGGUGGAAAUGUUAUCCCCCAGAAUGCAUAUCUACUAAUCUGUAUAGAAAGUCAGCACAGUACAGCAAAAAGAAAAGGAAAAACAACAUGUUCUUCUGUGAGAAAAGCUUAAUUUGUUUUUAAACUUCAUGCUCAGAUCACCGCAGAUCCCAAACAUUAGAAACGUGAAGACAUUUUGAUGAGUGUGGGACUGACGGUGGCUUUGGCAACAUACUAAUAGGGACUCAAGUCUUAGCUGACCAAGCAAAUUACUGAUAAGCUGGUGAAAGAAAAGUGGAUAAAUGUUUUUAAAGAGCCAUACCUCUCCAGCAGCCUGCGUUCUAGUCAGAUGUCAUACAUAAGGAUUAUUGUUUGCAUGUGUAGCCGGAUACGGAGCAUCUUCACAUAAGUCACAUGUAUACUAUUUACAAGGGAAAUCCGCCUGUAAAUGACAUCUGCUCAGUGAACAGAAGCUACCAGCUGGUCUUUGAUGUUAGAUCUUCCCGUAUAAAGAUGUGUGUGUCGGCAGACAGGAAGAGUGGAACUAAAAGGACAUUUAUCUCCCAGAAAGACUUAAUUUGUGUUCAUACACUCCCACUGUGAGGAGUGUAACUAAAAGACACAUGGAAACUUUGUUCAAGGCUUGUUGCUCCAUCCAGGUGGACUGAGAUCUGAGUGCAGACACUGAACUACAGCCAUUACCGUGUCAUUGUGGGUAGUGACAAACUAAUCCAUUACUGUGGCAUGUAUCCUGACAGACAUAGUCAUAAUAGUUCUUUACCGUUAGCGACAGCAGCAUGGUCAGAUAAAAAUGCAUGGAUGGUCAAACAAGACUUAACAGUGUUAGUUUCCUUUCAAGACUCUAAAGCCAGUAAAUCAUGAUUAAGUUGUUACAAAACAGAUUCCAAUCACCAACAUUCAGUCUGCUACAGCGUACUGAUUAGGACACGAGAUCCUAAACUACACUUGCAUUAGGAUGCAGGAUGCUAGUCAACACCACACUGAUGCUUCAAGCACCCAUACAAUGCCUCAAGGAAAACUCUCUCUCUAAAAAUCGAGUAUUCAAGCUUUCAGUUGUACAAACUGUCCAGGCUGCACUUUAUUUACUUUAUAUACCUAAAACAUACUGUGUUGUUCUUUUUUCUUUAGUUGACAAAGUUUUAGCGUGCAAUACAUGAAGUGAGAGUCACUGGAGGAAAACUAUGAAAUGUCUGAAGUUCUAAUACAGCACUGGAUCCAGGUGAAACGACCACAUUAAGUUUCUUGUCGAGUGGAAAGGGAUUGUUGUAGUUUGUCCCACCCAGCUGUGCGUAAAGCACAAUAUAAGUACCAGUCAUGCUAAAAAUUGCUACCCAUUUUAAUGGAAAGUCUGCACAUUGUUUCAAAGAACUAACUAAGGUCUAUCCUCUGUUCUCCAGUCUGUUUACAUGCUUUGCAGACAGCUAACAUGACCACAGAAAUGUGUACAAUGCUGCAGUGUCUUUAUAAGUUUGACUCAAGAUUUUAGUUUCUACAACCAUAGUAUCAUAGCGUAAGCUGUUUUCAGUGGAAAACACAUUAGAAAACACUGCCCCUCAAGGCAUGUAUGUGUUGGUCAGUAUUGCAUGGCAGAGUUGGAAAAUAUAGUAAAAUGCUCACAAGCUACUGAAACUACUGGCUGCUAAAUAGACAGUAAAAAUCGAUCAGAGCAACAACUAGAGAGCUUUACACCGUUGACAAACACUGAUCUAAAUGCAGACAUGCUCUGAUUUGCUGUGACAUUUACACACUGACAUUUCAGGUUCAUUACUUUAAACAAUGAGUAGCAGGAAGCCGAAGAGUCAGUGCAUGAAAAAAUGUCAUAACAAAUGUAAAGCGAGCAGUAUGCAGCAUCUUAGUAUGAUCACAUAGUAGUUCACUAUUAACAUGAGAAAGAUUUGAUUUAUCAUUAGGACACAUCACAUUCAACAUUAUAAUUACUGUAAUAUUCACUGCCUAAUAUCAGUCACAUUAAACAAGACAUUGUAUUUUGUGCUGCAGCGGCACAUUUCACCUACACUGAUAAGUGCUAUACAUGUGGAAUUUGUUAUAAUACACGAUAAUAUUGGAAAAUUUUGAUUAGUCCACCGUUAACUAACUAUACUUUGUAAACUUUCUAAAACCAAUUUUGUAUCUUUUCCUUGCGCAUAUAGCCAAGGUAGAUUUUUUUGUACUUCUAAACAAUGUUUAGAAUAGUAUCAGUAUAUACCGUCGGUAGUGUAGAUUACAUUGUUAACUGAAUUUAGUGGAUUAGAUUUUGAUAUAUUUGAGCUCCCCUUUGCUCAAACUGCUCAAACGGUGUAGUGUAACCAAACAUAAUCCCAUCUAAUUUACCGAAGUACAUUGUCUGCUGACUUGUUUGUUUCUACGUUACUUGUGUAUGUAUAUUUCUUCUCACAAGAUGAUUUAUUUAGAUAUUUAUUUAUUUAUUUAUAAGAAAAUUAUUUAUCUAUGGAUAAGCUGUGCCACAGUCCCUCGAGGCAAGCAGUUUGAAGUUUAGUUCAAGGAGUGUAGUUUUAAUGUGCAAUACAGAAAACAAUUAAAACACAUCUUAUUUUGUUAGUAGCUUUGACGAGAGGUCAGUUCACAUCUUUUUCUGCUCCAGUGUUCGUUGUAAUCCUCCAGUAAGAUAUAUUUCUUCAUUCAGUUAUCUUAAAGGAGGAGGUUUUGAGUGUCAAGUAGCAUGUUUACAUGAAGAAACAUCGAGGAACAUUGCUAGUAUAAUUGUCAGUCUCGGGUUGUCAGGAGCUAAUGAAGAACUUUUUGUAGAUAUUAAUGGUGGCUGUGACGCAGGUCAGUGGUGUGUGAGGUUGGAACAGUAGCUUUACUGUAGUCUACUCACUAAUCCACCAGGUGGGACCAAGAUUACACAUCACACACACACAUCACACACACACACACAGAGGUCUGCUGAACUCCUGUGUACCGGGGGGUACAGAAUGGAUCAGCUCUGAUGUACCCAAUGUUGUCCCAGCAGCCCGGUGUGGCUCAGCACCUGAAAAACAGAACUGCCUACAAUGUCCGGACAAUGUUCCAUGUUUCCAUGAACUUCUGUACUAACUGUCUGGCUUCGGCCUUUGCUGUUCUCUAGCUAGAUGUGAUGCCUCCGCAGGCAGCCUCUCCUCCUCACCCACCCCUCCCCAGUGUCCGUCUGUGUUUGCUUCCCCUCCGUGUUCCUCUGCAGAUGCAUGAUGAAGAAUUCCUGUGUACGUGUCUUAGCAGCAUGGUCUACUGUGAUGGACAUCUAUUGGCAUAUUUUACGGGGUUGAUUACCCACAGUUAGAAUCCCAAACACCAGAGGCUCUUUGUGAAAUAAAAUGAGCAAGUGGCACACACAGACACAACCACAACUCCAUACAGAUAUACUGAAGAGAUUCACACACACACAGCCACACACAGAGACAACAUUUAUGGACUCAGUGUCUACUGCUUAUUUGUUCUGUUACCUUUAGAAGCUGUGAAAAGAGAGCUUGCUCUGUUGUGUCAAGGCUAUGUCCGAAACGAGCAACAUCGCAGGUCAUCUUUUUGUUUGUUGGUGUACAAUAUUUCCGUGUCUGUGUAAGUGUUCCCCCUCUUCUUCUUCUUCUUCAUCUUCUUCUUACUCUUAACCCUCUUCUCCCAUUUGCUAUUCCCCCAGGCCUUGCUCUUCAAUGUGUCUCUCUGUGAAGUUUUUUCCUGUGAUGAUGAAAAUGUCUCUCUCUGCCUGAACCUUUGUAGGGAAAUAAUGACCGAGUUACUACAAUAUCUUGUGAUAGACAUAGACAUUUAUUCAAUACUGUAAUAAAUUAUUAACUGAAGAUGAUAUUUAAGUUUUUUUUAUGAAAUGCGGGACAAAAUUCUGAGAAAAAAAAUGACUACUUGUUUUUGAGAACAUGGCAUGAGGUGUAAUGUGUUACUGAAAGAAAAUGAAGGUCUUUAAUCAGGUGAAGUUGACCUUAUUGGAAUAUAGUUUAUUUAUUUUCAA